AUGGCGGCGGCGGUGGCUGGGGCCGCCCCACUGGGCAAGGGGCUGGACAUCAGCCUGGCGGCUCUGCAGCGACACGACCCCUAUAUCAGCAGUAUCCUGGACGUGGCCAGCCAGGUGGCGCUCUACACGUUUGGGCACCGAGCCAACGAGUGGGAGAAGACUGAUGUGGAAGGGACACUGUUUGUUUAUACCAGAUCAGCUUCACCAAAAUUUGGGUUCACCAUUAUGAAUAGGCUGAGCAUGGAGAAUCGUACAGAGCCAAUAACUAAAGAUCUAGAUUUCCAGUUGCAGGACCCUUUUCUACUUUACAGAAAUGCCAGAUUGUCCAUUUACGGAAUUUGGUUUUAUGAUAAGGAAGAAUGCCAAAGAAUUGCAGAGCUCAUGAAAAAUUUAACUCAGCAAGAGCAGCUGAAAGCACAGCGGGGGGCAGGUAUAGGAAUUUCCCCAGUAAGCUUGAAUUCAGGUGACAGCAAGGAGGUGGAUAUCCUACGGAUGCUCACCAAAGCCAAAGAUGAAUAUACCAAGUGUAAGACGUGCUCAGAGCCUAAACAAAUAACCAGCUCCUCUGCUAUAUACGACAACCCCAAUUUGAUCAAACCAAUCCCAGUGAAGCCCAGCGAUACACAGCACCAAUGUAUACCUCAACAAGUCCAGAACAUAGACCCUGAACCACAGCAUUUAUCCCUAACCACUCUCUUUGGGAAGCAAGAAAAACCUAGCACAUACCACAAUACCUCAGAGCAUUCCCAGAAGCAGUACCAAGAGAACUCUCCUCUGCGGCAAGGGGUUGUGCGCUCAUUGUCUUAUGAGGAGCCCGGCAGACAUUCACCCACGGCAGAGAAGCAGCUUUGUCCCGCCAUUCAGAAACUCAUGGUGCGUGGGGCGGAGCUUCACCCUGUCUCUGAACUUCCCGAGAGCCGCCUGUGUGAAAACGGCAACGCUCACGCCAUGGGGGAAGUUCUCACUGGACUCUUUCAGCCCGUGGCUUCUCAUAACAUUAGAACAUCUCAUUCCAUUCAGGACCCAAGUAGCACUCGGAGCCUGUUGCAGCAUCUGCAAGGCCAGUCAGGACAGAGGACCAAGACAGAGACCAGCAAUGGCAGUCCUGCAAGCACAGCUGCAUCUGUCUUCAGCAGGACUCCUGCUGCCUCCUCAGUAGCCCAGGUAAAGAGCAUAACUCAGCCACAUCUCAUGUAUUUCAAUGGUGCCUUCCCAGGCCAGACUGUGGGUCCUCCAGCCCUCAGUAAAGAACAAGCCAAACUUCCUGGGCAGUCACUUCCUCUUUCAGGGAACCAGUCCGGUGCUUCUGGAGUAAUUUCUCCACAAGAAUUGUUAAAAAAGCUCCAGAUAGUACAGCAGGAGCAGCAGUUGCACGUAUCCAGCAGGCCAACCUUGGCAGCUAAGUUUCCAGUGGUCACGCAAAGCAACACCUCUCUGAAACCGUUGGAUUCCUGGAUGGACAAGGCCUCAAAGGCAGAGAGGCAGACUCCCCGUUUUCAGGUCAUCUCGCCGCAGCGCAUUCCUGCUACUGUAACUCCAUCACUGCUGAUGUCCCCAAUGGUGUUUACUCAGUCUGCCCCAGCACCACCAAAACCAAGCGAAAGUGGGUGGCUGCCCGUUGGAGACCAAGAAGCAGCUUCUUCAGCUAAUCAGCUCUUGCAUAUACAGAACUCGGAACCAUCUGUUGCAGGCAACAGCCCACUGACAAAGCUCCAGCUGCAGGAAACAUUGCUACAUCUGAUCCAGAACGAUGACAACUUCCUGAACAUCAUCUAUGAGGCCUACCUUGGCAGCGUGAGAAAAGCAGCACUGAAAAAGCCCAUGUGAAACAGGAUUCUUAAUUAAAUGUUUGUGAUGUCUUGCACUUGCCUUUUUAAAAACAAGCAAAACGAGUGGUCUUGGGCUUUCUGCAUACUUUUAAACGAUGCUCAUUGGCAAGUACAAGCUGUACUGAGAAAAUGAGUAGGUGGGAACUGAUCGUGCCUUCUGGGGGGUUGGGGAGAGAUUGUCACACAGUGAAAAGACAACAGUUAGCAAAAACACAGGCUUAUCAUGAUUUUUUCCCCUUACACAGGCCAGUUUUUAGACGGACCAGCGCUUUCUGUUCAGGGUUGUCAUUCUGGCUUUUUCACCUAUGGAUUAUUAAUUGCCUGGGUAUUUUUCUGAGGUCUUCUGUGACCAGGGGUGCAAGAAUGCUAUUAUUACACAGUAGUUUUACAGGGAAUGGUACUAAUUAAUGACCACCAGAUGGCAGUCUAGGACUGUAGUUUAAACACGAAGCUGUUGUGGAAACUGGUUGGAGAUGGAAGAUAGUUGAAAAUGAAAGGGUGCAACGCCAGGAUUGCCCAAAGCCUUCAUCCCAUUAGAACACCUCCUCUGUUUACUUUCAAAGCCUGUUUGAUCAGAGAUGAUGGUAGGGUGGAAGAAAACUCAUGAUGUCACCGUGAGCUUUCAUAUCCUCUGUGUAUUAGGAAAGACGGGCAUUUGCCACUAGAGACCCUGUUUCUCACGAUGUCUUUCCAAGUCAGUACUGUGGCUGAAAAGGUAACGUGGGAAAGGUUAACCCAGGUGUCUGCUGCUGCGAAAGACUUGCGCAUGCCAAGAACUUGACAGGACUCGAUGUACCUGUUUCUUUCGUAGAAGUAAGCAUCUGUGAUUUUUUUUUCUCCACCAUGUUUUGUGGAAGCACACUUGAUAUUUAAAAACAUGGAGAAGAGAGGUAGCCAAUCCAAAGAAAGUUAGGUAUGGAUAAGGUUCCCUUACAGUCGGCACCAUUAAGAUCCUUUUGAUUUCUGCAAUAUGCCCCCCUCCCAAGUUAUCUGCAGUCUGCUAAAUAGAAAAACAGUUGGCUUUCUCUCUUUUUUUAAAAAAACACUCAUUUUAUAAGCAUAUAUUUUUCUAUUUUGUGACCAGAGCGUUCAUAGCAGCCAGCAGAUAAGAUUGUCUCUUGGAAAUUAAUCCUUUUUAUUUCCAGCUGCUCUUGCCUUUUGAUGUAGAUGUAGGUUCGGUAUCAGGCCACAGUACUUCAGUGUGCUUCUAGGGGACGGCUGCAUAGUUUUAAACAUUUCGUUAAAAGUAGCAAGAAGAAUAGUUUCAUUUUCAGCGUACUGUUCCAUGAGCAGAUGGACAAUGGUUUUAAUGAUCCAUUUGUAAAAAUAAAUAAAUAAAAUAAAAUGGAUUACACAGA